CGGCGCACGUCAGCGGCGGCGCGCGCCUGGCUGGGCCCUGCGGAGCGGGAGGGAAGGAGCGAAGGAGCGAAGGAGCAAGCGGAGCGGCCGUCGCCCAAGCCAAGCCGCGCUGCCAACCCUCCCGCCCGCCCGCCCGCGCUCCUGUCCGCCGUGUCUAGCAGCGGGGCCCAGCAUGGUCAUGGCGGAUGGCCCGAGGCACUUGCAGCGCGGGCCGGUCCGGGUGGGGUUCUACGACAUCGAGGGCACGCUGGGCAAGGGCAACUUCGCUGUGGUGAAGCUGGGGCGGCACCGGAUCACCAAGACGGAGGUGGCAAUAAAAAUAAUCGAUAAGUCUCAGCUGGAUGCAGUGAACCUUGAGAAAAUCUACCGAGAAGUACAAAUAAUGAAAAUGUUAGACCACCCUCACAUAAUCAAACUUUAUCAGGUAAUGGAGACCAAAAGUAUGUUGUACCUUGUGACAGAAUAUGCCAAAAAUGGAGAAAUUUUUGACUAUCUUGCUAAUCAUGGCCGGUUAAAUGAGUCUGAAGCCAGGCGAAAAUUCUGGCAAAUCCUGUCUGCUGUUGAUUAUUGUCAUGGUCGGAAGAUUGUGCACCGUGACCUCAAAGCUGAAAAUCUCCUGCUGGAUAACAACAUGAAUAUCAAAAUAGCAGAUUUCGGUUUUGGAAAUUUCUUUGAAAGUGGUGAACUGCUGGCAACAUGGUGUGGCAGCCCCCCUUAUGCAGCCCCAGAAGUCUUUGAAGGGCAGCAGUAUGAAGGACCACAGCUGGACAUCUGGAGUAUGGGAGUUGUUCUUUAUGUCCUUGUCUGUGGAGCUCUGCCCUUUGAUGGACCGACUCUUCCAAUUUUGAGGCAGAGGGUUCUGGAAGGAAGAUUCCGGAUUCCGUAUUUCAUGUCAGAAGAUUGCGAGCACCUUAUCCGAAGGAUGUUGGUCCUAGACCCAUCCAAACGGCUAACCAUAGCCCAAAUCAAGGAGCAUAAAUGGAUGCUCAUAGAAGUUCCUGUCCAGAGACCUGUUCUCUAUCCACAAGAGCAAGAAAAUGAGCCAUCCAUCGGGGAGUUUAAUGAGCAGGUUCUGCGACUGAUGCACAGCCUUGGAAUAGAUCAGCAGAAAACCAUUGAGUCUUUGCAGAACAAGAGCUAUAACCACUUUGCUGCCAUUUAUUUCUUGUUGGUGGAGCGCCUGAAAUCACAUCGGAGCAGUUUCCCAGUGGAGCAGAGACUUGAUGGCCGCCAGCGUCGGCCUAGCACCAUUGCUGAGCAAACAGUUGCCAAGGCACAGACUGUGGGGCUCCCAGUGACCAUGCAUUCACCGAACAUGAGGCUGCUGCGAUCUGCCCUCCUCCCCCAGGCAUCCAACGUGGAGGCCUUUUCAUUUCCAGCAUCUGGCUGUCAGGCGGAAGCUGCAUUCAUGGAAGAAGAGUGUGUGGACACUCCAAAGGUCAAUGGCUGUCUGCUUGACCCUGUGCCUCCUGUCCUGGUGCGGAAGGGAUGCCAGUCACUGCCCAGCAACAUGAUGGAGACCUCCAUUGACGAAGGGCUGGAGACAGAAGGAGAGGCCGAGGAAGACCCCGCUCAUGCCUUUGAGGCAUUUCAGUCCACACGCAGCGGGCAGAGACGGCACACUCUGUCAGAAGUGACCAAUCAACUGGUCGUGAUGCCUGGGGCAGGGAAAAUUUUCUCCAUGAAUGACAGCCCCUCCCUUGACAGUGUGGACUCUGAGUAUGAUAUGGGGUCUGUUCAGAGGGACCUGAACUUUCUGGAAGACAACCCUUCCCUUAAGGACAUCAUGUUAGCCAAUCAGCCUUCACCCCGCAUGACAUCUCCCUUCAUAAGCCUGAGACCUACCAACCCAGCCAUGCAGGCUCUGAGCUCCCAGAAACGAGAGGUCCACAACAGGUCUCCAGUGAGCUUCAGAGAGGGCCGCAGAGCAUCAGAUACCUCCCUCACCCAGGGAAUUGUAGCAUUUAGACAACAUCUUCAGAAUCUGGCUAGAACCAAAGGAAUUCUAGAGUUGAACAAAGUGCAGUUGUUGUAUGAACAAAUAGGACCGGAGGCAGACCCUAACCUGGCGCCGGCGGCUCCUCAGCUCCAGGACCUUGCUAGCAGCUGCCCUCAGGAAGAAGUUUCUCAGCAGCAGGAAAGCGUCUCCACUCUCCCUGCCAGCGUGCAUCCCCAGCUGUCCCCACGGCAGAGCCUGGAGACCCAGUACCUGCAGCACAGACUCCAGAAGCCCAGCCUUCUGUCAAAGGCCCAGAACACCUGUCAGCUUUAUUGCAAAGAACCACCGCGGAGCCUUGAGCAGCAGCUGCAGGAACAUAGGCUCCAGCAGAAGCGACUCUUUCUUCAGAAGCAGUCUCAACUGCAGGCCUAUUUUAAUCAGAUGCAGAUAGCAGAGAGCUCCUACCCACAGCCAAGUCAGCAGCUGCCCCUUCCCCGCCAGGAGACUCCACCGCCUUCUCAGCAGGCCCCACCGUUCAGCCUGACCCAGCCCCUGAGCCCCGUCCUGGAGCCUUCCUCCGAGCAGAUGCAAUACAGCCCUUUCCUCAGCCAGUACCAAGAGAUGCAGCUUCAGCCCCUGCCCUCCACUUCCGGUCCCCGGGCUGCUCCUCCUCUGCCCACGCAGCUACAGCAGCAGCAGCCGCCACCGCCACCACCCCCUCCACCACCACGACAGCCAGGAGCUGCCCCAGCCCCCUUACAGUUCUCCUAUCAGACUUGUGAGCUGCCAAGCGCUGCUUCCCCUGCGCCAGACUAUCCCACUCCCUGUCAGUAUCCUGUGGAUGGAGCCCAGCAGAGCGACCUAACGGGGCCAGACUGUCCCAGAAGCCCAGGACUGCAAGAGGCCCCCUCCAGCUACGACCCACUAGCCCUCUCUGAGCUACCUGGACUCUUUGAUUGUGAAAUGCUAGACGCUGUGGAUCCACAACACAAUGGGUAUGUCCUGGUGAAUUAGUCUCAGCACAGGAAUUGAGGUGGGUCAGGUGAAGGAAGAGUGUAUGUUCCUAUUUUUAUUCCAGCCUUUUAAAUUUAAAGCUUAUUUUCUUGCCCUAUCCCUAACGGGGAGAAAUCGAGCCACCCAACUGGAAUCAGAGGGCCUGGCUGGGGUGGAUGUUGCUUCCUCCUGGUUCUGCCCCACCACAAAGUUUUCUGUGGCAAGUGCUGGAACACAGUUGUAGGCUGAGGCUCCUGCCCUUCGGUCGAGUGGAGCAAGCUCUCGAGGGCAGCACUGACAAAUGUGUUCCUAAGAAGACAUUCAGACCCAGGUCUUAUGCAGGAUUACAUCCGUUUAUUAUCAAGGGCAACCUUGGUGAAAGCAGAAAGGGUGUGUGCUAUUGCAUAUAUAUGGGGGAAAAAAGGCAAUAUAUUUUUCACUGAAGCUGAGCAACCACAUAUUGCUACAAGGCAAAUCAAGAAGACAUCAGGAAAUCAGAUGCACAGGAAAUAAAGGAAAGCUGUGCUUUGUCAUU